UUUCUCGAAGCCCAUAAAGAAAAUCACAAUCCUAGAGAUUUUCUCGAUAUCCAAACAUCUCUCUUCUCUCUCUCUCUCUAGGGUUUUUGAUUUUCGUAGAUUCGCACACUUUCUCUCUCAUUUUCUCGGCAAUGAAUGCUCACUGACUAGAAGGUAUGCGAGAAGGUACGCUUACUCUCAUUCGAGCCUCGAAGCGUUUCGUUCUCUUAGGGUUUCGGAGGUCACGGCUUUGAGCCCCGUGCUCCUCCAAUGAACAGAGGUUCCUCCGAUUACAAUAGGAAUUCAGAUUUGAUCGAGGAGUCCGAAGCGAAACCGGCGGCUAGGGUUUUGGAAGAAGAAGGCGGCGUUGGCGGUGCCGAUGGCUUGGAUAUAGGAGCGGUUUCUGACGAGGCUAGGGUUUCAUCGAUGGAGCUCGAUUCGGAAGCUCCUGAAAGCGCGAGAUCCGAGGAGGCUAGGGUUAGGGCUUCUGAAGACGACGAAGAUGAAGAGGAGGAAGCUAGGGUUUUUGACGAGAGAAAUGAGAAAGGUAAGGCCUUUGAGUACAAUUCGUUGUUAUCCGAAUUCGACGAGUACGUAGCAAAUGAGAAGAGUGGGGUUUCAGGAAUGUCAAGGGCACUGAGUUUUGGGUUUGAAGUCGGUGACAUGGUUUGGGGGAAAGUGAAAUCCCACCCAUGGUGGCCUGGGCAUAUAUUCAAUGAAGCUUUCGCUUCGCCUUCCGUGCGUCGAAGUCGUAGAGAAGGCUACGUAUUGGUGGCAUUCUUCGGUGAUAGUAGUUAUGGGUGGUUCGACCCGGCUGAACUCAUCCCAUUUGAUCAAUACUUCGCUGAGAAAUCGCGGCAAACGAAUUCGAGGAACUUCAUUAAGGCCGUGGAGGAGGCUGUGGAUGAGAUGAGUAGACGGCGUGGUCUUGGUGUGGUUUGUAAAUGUAGGAGCGCGUUUAAUUUCCGGGGCACGGAAGUUCAAGGGUAUUUUGAGGUGGAUGUGCCGGAUUAUGAGCCCCGGGGGGUUUAUUCGGUGAAUCAGAUUAAGAAGGCGAGAGAUGGUUUUAAGCCGAGCGAGUUUCUUGCCUUUGUAAAGCAGUUAGCUUUGAUGCCAAGAGGAGGUGACCCGAAAAACAUUAUUUUUGUCAAGAAUAAGGCUACUGUGUUCGCGUUGCGGAAGGCUCUGUUUGAGGAGUUUGAUGAGACCUAUGCUCAGGCAUUUGGGGUCCCGGCAGGAGGUGCAGGACGCCCACCCCGUGAACCGGUUAAUUUAGACCGGCCUCGAGCGCCUUUGAGCGGUCCACUGGUGAUUGCUGAAGCUCUUGGAGGUGGGAAGAGCUCUGCAAAAGCUAUGAAAAUCAAGGACCAGUCAAAGAAAGACAGAUACCUUUUCAAGCGGAGAGAUGAAUCCAUUAACUUGAAGACCCAUCCAAUUACCCCAGGACAGGCAAGUUCCUCUGCCCCAUCUGUUUACAUGGAUGGUUCUGUAAAGACUGCAGCUGGGGAUUUUGUCUUGCAAAAGAGGGUUCCAGCAGUCCCUGUAAAGCAGAUUCCUGCAAAAGAUGAAGAGGCAGCAUUUACCAGCAAGGAUGGUGUAACCCCAAGUUUAGAUGGACCUGGAAAAGAAGUUGUAUCUGUAGACCUGGCUGCAGCAUACAGCAGUACUCUUGGCCAGCAAAAUAUUUCUUUUGAUACGAAGCCCGCUCUUGAUAAGGGGAAGGGUUCUCUGCAGGAGAUGAAAGAGAGGUCAGGACCAGGUGAAUCUGUGGGUCCCACAAGCACGGGCUGGUCUGAUUUGUCAGGGGAGGGGGCAUCCCCACAUGUAAAAGAUGGUGCAUCGCUAUCUCUUCAUCAGGAAGGUGAGGCAAAAAUGUCAAAACCAUACGAAAGUUCUCAACCAUCUGAGCUGACCUUUCCAGCGAGACCUGAAGAGGACCAUGCAUUGGAUCAAGUUAAGGAUGGUCGUAGUGUUGUAGAUUCUAUAUCAAUUGAUGCAAAGCGUUCAAGUGGCAUGAGUACUGAUGGUGGAGUCAAGAAGAAGGCAAAAAUUAUUAAAAGAACUACUGGGGACUUAAACUCUGAGAACUCUGUUAUGGGGGAGAAGAAGAAGAAAAAGAGGAAAGAUGCUGGUACAGAAAUGAGCUCUGAACAUCAACAGAAACGUUUGGCUACUGGAAAAGUGGGGACCUCAGUGGGGAAAUUAGCAGGAAAAUCCACCCAGAUUGGUUUGGCUCUGAGGGAUGAUGUUCGGGUAGAACAACAGAAGAAAAAUGCUGGUGGAAGUAACUCCUCAUUGGAAUCUGUUGGGACUCUUCCAACAGUUGGAAUGGGAAAUGCUGAAAUUGAACUUCCACAACUAUUGAGUGAUCUGCAGGCCCUUGCGCUUGAUCCUUUUCAUGCUGUGGAAAGAAACAGCCCUGCAAUUGUACGACAGUUCUUUUUGAGAUUCCGGUCCCUUGUUUACCAGAAAAGCUUGGCAAUGUCACCACCAACAGAGACUGAAUCUGUUGAAGUUCGUCCCACAAAAUAUUCAUCUGGUGUUGGUGCCUCUGACAAUUCUACUGGUGAGCAUGUCAGGGAUUUGCCAUCCUCAAAGCCAGUAAAAUCUAUAGUCAGACCUGAUGAUCCAACAAGAGCUGGGCGGAAACGUGGCCCUUCUGAUCGUCAAGAAGAAAUUGCAGCAAAAAGGGUAAAGAAGAUCAAUGCUUUGAAAUCAUUGGCUGCUGAAAAGAAGGCGGGUCAAAAAAUGCCUGAAAGUCAGCGGGGAGAGGGAAGAGAAUCAGUGGCGCCAGCCCCACCAAAGUCUUCCAGACCGGAUCCUGUGAAGAAAGUGGAACCUCCAACUAAGACAGUUGACCCCACCAUGCUGGUGAUGAAGUUCCCUCCCUUUACAUCCCUUCCAUCUGUUGCAGAGUUGAAGGCAAGGUUUGCUCGUUUUGGGCCGAUAGAUCAGUCAGGUCUCCGUGUCUUUUGGAAGUCCUCCACAUGCCGUGUUGUGUUCCUGCACAAGCUUGAUGCUGAAGCAGCCUACAAAUAUGCGGUUGCAAACAAUUCCUUAUUUGGCAACGUGAAUGUGAGGUGCCACAUUCGGGAAUUGGGAGGUGGCGCACCUGAAGGUACUGAAUCUGGCAAGGUCCGAGGAGAUGACAAUUCCAAUGAGACCCCACGGGUGAAGGAUCCUGCAGCAGCUGUACAAAGACCAGUAUCAGCGCUUGUAAACCAGUCUCCUCUAAAGCCAGCAGUCCAGCUCAAAUCAUGUUUGAAGAAGGUGUCCGGUGACGAGUCAGGGCAGGUAACUGGUGGUGUUGGUGGUGGUAGUAGUAAAGGUACCCCGCGUGUAAAAUUCAUGUUGGGUGGGGAAGAAAGUAGUAGGGCAGAGCAAUUGAUGGUUGGUAAUAGAAACAACUUCAACAACAAUGCUAGUAAUGCAGAUGGUGGUGCACCUUCUUCUUCUGUUGCAAUGGAUUUUAAUAGUAAGAACUUUCAAAAGGUCAUUCCUCCAUCUCCAACGCCUAUUCUUCCUCUUCCUCCUCCUCCUCCUCAAUAUGCUAAAGUCCCACAUAAUAAUAUGCAUCAUUCAGAAACAGCAGCAGCACCACCCAGAAAUAGUCACAAUCUUAUUAUUAACACUCCCACUGCACCACCCAAUGCAAACACAGUUGACAUCUCACAACAGUUCCUUAGCCUUUUGACGAGGUGCAAUGACGUUGUCACCAAUGUGACGGGCUUGUUAGGCUAUGUGCCUUACCACCCUCUUUGAUGAAACUGGUAUAAAAAUAUCCCAUCAUCAUCAAAAAAUGGAUAACAUGGAUUAUAGCAUGAAAUAUGCGGGCAAAAAUUUCACGUUGAGAGGGCUGCAUUAUUACACUCCAAAAGCUACUUACAUUAUUGAUCGCUCCUGGCCAUGGGAGAGUGCAGCAAUUGGUACCAAAAGAAACGUGGGGUCUUAUUGAAGAGGCCAAAUUCAAGAGCGUAUCUUGGGCUUAUAGAUGAUGUAAUUCGAAUGGUGGAUACCCCAAAUGUACUGAUAUUGAUAGUGGCAUCUUUGUGUUGUCUUUUUUUUUUUUUUCCAUAUUUAUUGUUGACAUAUGAGGUGUGGGCCUUAGAAUAUCUGCUCACGGCAUUUCAGUUUUUUUUUUUUUUUUUAUUAGCUUUGUUUUAAACUCAAAUAGUGAUGGAAAUUUGCUCAUACAUUUUGCAUGGUGGGCAUUGCCUUAA